AUGCAGAGCCUGGAAGAUCUCCCACAGUACGGGCACAAGCAGUGGCAGUCCUACUUUGGACGGACCUUUGACGUCUACACAAAGUUGUGGAAAUUUCAGCAGCAGCAUAGACAGGUUUUGGACACACGUUAUGGGUUGAAAAGGUGGCAAAUUGGAGAAGUCGCAUCUAAAAUAGGGCAGCUGUACUACCACUAUUACCUUCGUACCUCAGAAACUAGUUACCUGAAUGAGGCCUUUUCAUUUUACUCAGCCAUACGACAACGGUCCUACUACUAUCAAGUAAACAAAGAGGGCAGGCCAGAGUUGGUGGUGAAAAAGCUGCGUUACUAUGCCCGUUACAUUGUUGUCUGUCUACUGCUGAACAAAAUGGACCUAGUGAAAAUUUUGGUGAAGGAACUUUCUGACGAGAUUGAGGACUACACACAACGGUUCAACACAGAGGAUCAACUCGAGUGGAACUUGGUGCUACAAGAAGUUGCUGCUUUUAUUGAAGCUGACCCAAUUGUGAUCCUGAAUGACAACAAUUCUGUUAUUGUCACCAGUAAUCGCCUGCUAGAGGGAGGGGUGCCACCCCUAGAACAAGGCAUGGUGGUGGGACAGCUCGUCCUGGCUGACGCACUAAUUAUUGGCAACUGUAACAAUCAGGUCAAAUUUAGCGAGUUAACCAUUGAUAUGUUCCGGAUGCUUCAAGCUUUGGAAAGGGAGCCUGUGAAUUUGACUACGCAAACGUCAAAACAAGGAACGCUGGAACCCAUUGAAAAACCUGCAAAAAGAGAGAACCCCCACAAAUAUCUUCUUUACAAACCAACAUUCAGCCAGCUGUUUACGUUUCUGUCUGCGUCCUUUAAGGAAUUGCCUGCAAACAGUGUUCUUCUGAUUUAUCUUUCUGCCACUGGAGUCUUCCCUGCAGGCCAUUCUGUUUAUGAAGGACCUUUUGAUUUUGGAGGAGUACUCACUAAUACUAAUCGAGAUGUUGUCAAUGGAGAGACGAUGCAAAAAAGAAAUCAAGCCCAAAAAGAAAUGCACUGUCUACAUCCAGGAGACUUAUUUCCUUUUACUCGUAAGCCUCUUUUCGUCAUUGUGGACUCCUCUAACAGUGCAGCCUACAAGAAUUUCACAAAUAUGUUUGGCCAACCGUUGGUGUGCCUCUUAUCACCUACUAUGUAUCCCAAAAGUGUCCAAGAUCAGUCUCAGCGUGGGAGUCUGUUCACACUGUUCCUCUACAGUCCGCUCCUGGCGUUCUCCUCAGUCUGUGGCCUCAACAGUAUGCGGCAAGGGCUGUGGGAGCGAGCUCAAGAAUUCCUCUGUAAAGUGUAUCGUGACAUUGGACAGCUGAUUACCCGCUCCAGAUCUAUAGAUCAAGCCUUUUUGCAGUUCUUUGGUGACGAGUUCCUUCGGCUGCUUCUUAUCCGGUUUGUGUUUUGCUCAGCUGCAUUGAGACUGCAUAAACUCUUUCGGGAGUGUAGGAGCUUCCCAGAGUCCUACCCAGAGCUGCCACGACAGGAGACCGUGGAGAGCAGUCUUCUACAGAAACAUGUGAUUGAGCUGGCCACAAUGCUGGAAGUGCAAAGCUUAUUUUGGAACGAUGGUUUGGAGACCUACUAA